GAAAAUCCAACCAGUGUUUGUGGUCCGUCCGGUCCGGGUAUCGGGACUAAACGAGCACGACUUCUCUUGUUUUUACACAUUUUUUUUUCCCUGGUUUAAAUAGCACAGAACUUCCAAUGGAAACUGUACUUUCAGUUCUUCCCCCAACACACUGAGAGCAGAACCCAGAAACCCGAAGCAGCAGAAGACGGAGAAGAGGAGCAUGGAUCGGCUCGCCAAUGCCUUUGCGAUUCUGGAGCUCGAUGUUGACGGCGACCAACCGAAGGACGGUGCCGCUGCCUCCGGAAAUGGCAAGAAGAAGAAGGUAGAGGGUGAGAAUAAGCAAGAAAGGGUAACUCCUUCUGGAGAGUACAGAAUGCCCCUUGUCUGGAUUGAUUUGGAGAUGACUGGUCUGGAUGUUGAAGUUGAUAGAAUAAUUGAGAUUGCUUGUAUAAUUACCGAUGGAAAGAUGAUGAAAUUGAUAGAGGGUCCUGAGUUAGUUAUCCAUCAGAGUAAAGAGUGUCUGGAUCGGAUGGGAGAAUGGUGUCAGACUCAUCAUGGUGAUAGUGGUUUGACAGAGAGAGUGAUCCAUAGUACGAUUACUGAAAGAGAAGCUGAAUUGCAGGUUCUAGAAUUCGUUAAGAAACAUGUUGGUACAUAUACGCCACAGAUAGCAGGAAACUCUGUCUAUAUGGAUUUGAUAUUUCUAAGGAAGUAUAUGCCAGAAUUGGCUGGCCUCUUCACUCAUGUUAUUGUUGAUGUUAGCAGUGUAAGGUCUUUGUGCUAUCGGUGGUAUCCAAGAGACCAUGAGAAAGCCCCUGCCAAGGGGAAGAAACACAGAGCACUAGACGAUAUCAGAGAAAGCAUCGAUGAGCUCAAGUACUACAAGCAGGCCAUCUUCAAAGGGAAGUCCAAGUGAUGUAGUAGGAUAAUGACAGUGGUGUGAGUUAUUCAUAGAAUCUCAUCCUCCGUUUGGCUGAUCAAUUGUGAAGAAAGAGCUUGUACAUACAAGUCAUGUGCAGCUUUGUUCGAAGCGGGUUCUCAAUUCUCGACUAAUGCAUAGUACAAACUGCAGCUGUAAUUUGAAACUGGUUAACGUUGGUUUAGAAUUUGAACAUGUAUUCCUUGCUUCCUUUUUAGCUGUUGUACAAUUAAGUGACCCAAAUUUUGGGGAAACCACAUAUUUAUCAUAUCACUGGUGCACAGUGCAGUAAAUUGGAAAAUGGCUGGGGAAGUUUCAUGGUAGAGUAGUCCGUUUAUAAGUGGUGAGUUUCAUGC